AGUGUGAGUGAGUGAGUGUGUUCCCGGUGACCCAGUGCCCACACUAUGGUGAUGGCGGAUUGCAGCGCUAAUGCACUUCGCGCUCCGGUCCGAGUGGGGUUUUACGAUAUAGAACGCACUUUGGGGAAAGGGAACUUCGCGGUCGUGAAAUUGGGGACUCAUCGGAUCACCAGAACUCAGGUUGCAAUCAAAAUCAUCGACAAAUCUCAACUGGAUGCUGUGAAUCUGGAGAAGAUCUACCGGGAAGUGCAGAUCAUGAAGCUCUUGAACCAUCCGCACAUUAUCAAACUCUAUCAGGUGAUGGAAACCAAAAACAUGCUGUAUCUUGUGACAGAAUACGCCAAAAACGGAGAGAUAUUCGAUUAUCUGGCAAACCAGGGGCGGCUGAGCGAGGCAGAGGCCCGACGGAAGUUCUGGCAGAUGUUGUCUGCGGUGGAAUAUUGUCACAACCGCAAGAUUGUCCACCGGGACCUGAAAGCCGAAAAUCUCCUGUUAGACGGCAACAUGAACAUCAAAAUAGCAGAUUUUGGCUUCGGGAACUUCUACACACUCGGGGAGCCCCUCGCUACAUGGUGUGGAAGCCCUCCCUACGCAGCUCCAGAGGUUUUUGAAGGGCAGCGAUACGAAGGACCACAGCUGGACAUUUGGAGCCUUGGUGUUGUCCUGUAUGUAUUAGUUUGUGGAGCUUUGCCCUUUGAUGGUCCAUCACUGCCCAUCCUGAGACAGAGAGUGUUGGAAGGCAGGUUUAGAAUUCCGUACUUCAUGUCAGAAGACUGUGAACAUCUGAUCCGCCGAAUGCUGGUUCUCGAUCCCUCCAAGCGGCUGACUAUCGCCCAGAUAAAGGAGCACAAGUGGAUGCUGGUGGAGGUUCCCAUCCAGCGCCCCAUCCUCUACCCACAGCCCAGCGAGAGCGAGUCCGCCGUGGGCGAGUACAACGAGCAGGUUUUACGGCUCAUGCAGACUCUCGGCAUCGACCAGCAAAAAACCAUCGAGUCUCUCCAGAACAAGAGUUACAACCAUUUUGCCGCCAUCUACUACCUGCUGGUGGAGAGGUUCAAGUCCCACCGGAGCAGCUUCCCGCUGGACCAGAGGCUCGACCCGUGCCAGAGACGGCCCAGCACGAUUGCCGAGCAAACCGUUGCUAAGACGGGUGCUGUGGCGCCCCAGGUCGGUCUGAUGACCCAGAACGUGCGGCUGAUCAGAUCACCCAUCCUCGCCCAGCCCACCGCCGUGGACUCCUUCUCCUUCCUGCCCUCCGCCUGCCAGCCCGAGAUCAGCUUCGUGGAGGAAGACGUGAACACUCCCAAGGUGAAUGGCUGCCUGUUGGAUCCGCUGCCUCCUGUGCUGACAAGGAAAGGCUGCCCUCCGUCUCCCAGCAACAUGAUGGAGACGUCCAUCGAUGAGGGGAUAGAGACCGAGGACGAUUCCGAGGAGGAUCCGGCCCAGGUCUAUGCCACAUUCCAGGCCACGCGCUGUGGGCAGAGGCGGCACACGCUGACCGAGGUCACCAACCAACCCAUCCUCGUACCCAACCCAGGGAAGCUGUUCAACGUGGGCAACCCGUCGUUGGGAAGCGUGGAUUCGGAAUACGACAUGGGGUCUGUGCAGAGCGAGCUCAGCGUGCUGGACAACGCACACUCCCUGAAGGAGGUGGUCCUGACCAGCCAGCCCCUGGCCCCCAUCAUGGGCAUCAGACCAGCUAACCCCACCAUGCAGGCGCUCAGCUCGCAGAAACGCGAGACGCACAACCGCUCUCCGGUCAGCUUCCGAGAGGGCAGGAGGGCGUCCGACACCUCACUGACUCAAGGCAUCGUCGCCUUCCGGCAGCAUCUUCAGAACCUGGCGAGAACCAAAGGAAUCCUGGAGCUGAACAAGGUGCAGAUGCUGUACGAGCAGCUGGGAUCCAACGAAGACCCCGAUCCAUUACAGUCGUCACAUCUGCAAGGCCUCCUCCACCACCCCCAGCAGGACCCGGCUUCUCAGCAGCUACAAGAUGACACAACAGUGUUCUCAAAUGGAGUCCAUCCACAGUUCCUCUCUCGGCGACAAAGCUUAGAAACGCAUUACCUACAGCACCGAAUAACGAAAGCAAGCUUACUCGGCAAAGCACAAAACAGCUGCCCAAUGUACUGCAAGGAAACACCCAGAAGCCUGGAACAGCAACUGCAGGAGCACAGGUUACAACAGAAACGCCUGUUCCUCCAGAAGCAGUCACAGCUACAGGCCUACUUCAACCAGAUGCAGAUAGCGGAGGGCUCGUACCCUCAGCGGACACAGCAGAUGCCCAUGAACCAUCCCGAAGCACAGUCACAACAACAGCAGCAGCAACAACAGCAGCAGCAGGCACAGACCUUCAGUCUGAGCCCAGUGAUGCAGCCCUCGAUCCACAUGCAGUGUGACACCUUCCUGAACCCACACUAUAAGCUACAGCUCCCCCAGCCCUUGGUCCCUCUCCAAACACCCAUCGUACCCCCACUGCAGUCCCAGAUCCACCUGGACCAGCCUCCGCCCCAUGCUUUGCAGUACUCUUACCAGCCCUGUGACAUGAUGGGAUCACAGCCAGGCUACCCAGCCCAGUGUCAGUACAGCGGGGCGGGAUCACCCCAGGAGGGCUCCCUGGCUCUCUCCGAUCUUCAGCCCCCCGGCGCGGCUUCCCCCUCUGACCUGCAACCCAACUACAAGGGUAUAGCCAUCCCCGAGCUGCCCGGCCUCUUUGACUGUGAGAUGAUGGAAACUGUUGACUCCCAACACGGAGGCUAUGUGCUUGUGAACUGACUCGAACUCCGCCCUCAUCUUUUCUGAGCGUUGAAAGCGAGAGAGAGAGAGAGAAAGA